CUUAUACAAGUUUCCUAGUUCCAGUGAAGGAUCAAAUGUUAAAACUCCACCAGGGACUAAGAUUCCUGGUUAUCUUUCUUAGCGGGCAGCAGGAGAAGUUCGAUGAGCUAAAUGAUGAAAUGAAGGAUCUAAUUGGAUUUGUGGUCUCUGAUGCAGGUAUUGUGAUUGUCUCCCUUUCUGUGAACGAAAUGAAAGAAGGCUUGCACAAAGAAACAGAUCUGGCACUUUCUCAUCUGCUCGAAGUGCUCAAGUUGAUCAUUGCUGAAGUUGGACACAUUUAUUCAGCACCAUCAUCAUCAUCACUUACUUUCCCUAGGACUAAUGAACUCGGCUCUCUUGAUUCUCUUCUAGAAACUCUCAAGGAACUAGCAAGCUCUACAGCUGCUUCAAUUGCUUUCCCAAACGAUCAAAUACGCACCAUCCUAGAAGAUCUUGUCUUCUUAAGAUCUUUUCUAGGAAAUGUUGUAGAGCAGCGCAAACGAAAUGAAAAACUCCAAGCUCUUUGGAGUCGUGUCAUGAAGGUUGCUUACAGUGUAGAACUAGAAGUUGACUUUGCACUGGCUGGUGAUCAACAUGAACAUUGUUUGGAUGCUAUUGCUAGAGAUAUCAAGCUUGUGAAGAUAGAGGCUGAAGAGAUCUAUGAUAGCAUAAGAUAUGAUGUUGAAACCCAGAGGCUAACCAAGAUUACCAUUCACAUGCCGGCACAAGUUACUGCUCCAACGUUUAAUGAAGCUCUGGUAGGUCUCGAUGAUGAGGUAGAAAGUAUAAUUGAUAGACUUACGAGAGGAUCAAGCCAGUUGGAUGUUGUUGCCAUCGUAGGUAUGCCUGGGCUUGGUAAGACAACUUUAGCCAAUAAUGUGUAUGGUGAUACUUCAAUAAAGUUCCACUUCCAAAUUCUUGCUUGGUGUACUGUUUCUCAAGUAUAUAGCAAGCACAAUUUGUUACUGCAGAUUUUGAGUGUUAUUGAUUCUAACAGUUCUGACCAAUGCCAUGAGAUGAAUGAAGAUGAUCAAUGGCAUGAGAUGAAUAAGGAUGAUUUGGCUCAAAUGUUGUAUCAGCGUGAUGAUCAAUGGCAUGAGAUGAAUGAAGAUGAUUUGGCUCAAACGUUGUAUCAGCGUUUGAAAAGGAAGAGGUAUGUCAUUGUUUUGGAUGAUGUUUGGGAUAUUGAAGGGUGGAAUUUGUUGAAACACUCAUUCCCAGAUGACUGCAAUGGAAGCAGGAUACUCUUAACCAGCAGAUUUCAGAAUUUAUCAUUGCAAAUUAAACCUGAUAGCCAGCCCCACCAUCUUCGCCCACUUACCGAUAAGGAGAGUUUUGAAUUGCUGCAGAAGAAGCUAUUUGCCAAAGAAGAUUAUUGUCCUCCAGCAUUAAGGGAAGUUGUACAGCACGUAGCAAAAGACUGCAAGGGCCUACCUCUCACCAUUGUCCUCGUUGCUGGAAUUCUCGCUACUACUGAGCAAGAUUGCUGGGAAGAAGUUGCAAGACGUCUAAGGUCUAGCAUUUUUGCUGACGAUGAGCACUGCAUGAAGACAAUUGAGCACAGUUACAAUUAUUUACCAGAUUAUUUGAAGCCAUGCCUUCUUUAUUUUGGUGCAUCUCAAGAAGAUAAAGACAUUCCUGUCAGAAAGUUGUUAUGGCUUUGGAUGGCUGAAGGAUUCGUGCAAAAAACUGAAGGAAAGAGUUUAGAGGACGUGGCGGAUGACUAUUUGAUGGAUUUGAUUGGGAGAAGUCUAGUUAUGGCUACCAAACAAAGAUCUUUAGGUGGGAUCAAAGUUUGCCGAGUUCAUGAUUUGGUACGUGAGUUUUGUGUGGCAAAAGCAAGAGAAGAAAGUUUUCUACAAAUUUCACAUGGGGAUGAUCAUCUUACUUUUAUUGGACAGUGUAACCCCCACCGACUAGCUAUUUACCCUACUACGAGUCAGGGACUCAAAAAGUCAAUGCUAUUUUUCCCCAAUUUGCGUUCUUUGCUCUUCUUUGAUGUUUAUGAGGAAGCGGAACUGGGUGAAAUUUGGUUCAAACUUCUAUCAUCUAAACUUAUUAGAGUGUUGGAUUUGGGUUACAAUUUGGCUUUUUUUUCAGAGGAAGUAGUAGUAUUCUUUGUUCACUUGAGGUACUUGAACAUUAGAUUGGACAGUAAAGCUGGUAUCCCAUCUGCAAUAGCCAAGCUCUCGAGAUUAGAAACAUUUGUCAUAAUAAAACCCCGUGGAGGGUGCAUUUUGUUACCAAACACUAUCUGGAACAUUAAAACAUUGAGGCAUCUUGUCGUAUCAUCUAAUGGAAGUGGUUUCGAAUUUCCCAUCGACAAUCUUGAAGGCUCACCAGAUUUAAUACAUUUAGACACUUUAACCCUUGCAAUUGAUUCCUCUCCUCAAAGCUUGCAAAAGACACUGACAAAGAUUCCGAGCAUCCGCAGGCUAAAAUGCGUGGAUGUCCAUGACGGAGUGCACGAUGGUAUUCUCGUGCUGGAGCACUUGAGUCGACUAGAAUCACUUAAGAUGAGCAGUUUUAAAGGAUAUGAGUUUGAAUUCCCAUUGAAUUUGAGAAAGUUGACUCUCUCAAAUAAUCGUCAGCCAUGGAGUAAAAUUUCAGCAAUUGGAAAGCUGCCCAACCUUGAAGUCCUUAAAUUAGGCUGUGAUUCCUUUGUGGGGGAAAAGUGGGAAAUGAAAGAAGGGGAGUUCCAAAACCUCCGAUUCUUGGAAUUGUCAGAGUUGGACUUUCGAUGGUGGACCGCCUCUUCUGAUAAUUUUUGCUGUCUUGAGAAAUUGGUUUUGAGUUCUUGUGAAUCGCUGGAAGAGGUCCCUUCUUGUUUAGGGGAAGCCCUCACUCUUGACAUGAUUGAGCUCGAAGGCUGCCGUGCGUCUGUUGUGACUUCUGUGAAGCAAAUUCAACACCAACAGAUGGAUAUGGGAAAUAAUGAUCUAAAAUUAAUGAUAGAUAGGCGCUCUGAUCGGUUAAAGUUGGCCCGUCUCAGAAGCAAAAUAAGGAUCGAAUUUUCAGCCUACAUAGGUGCUCUUCGUUUUAUAGAAAGAGCAUCUGACUUUUAAACAGAUAUUGGAACUGUACUGCCAAGUUUUUGCCCGUAAAUUGUCUGCAGCGUACCGUACAGGAGGACAUCCAAAAUAAAACCACAGACUGCUGGAGAUGCAUGGAUGACUUGAUAGCCUUCUUGCAUUACUGGCCUGCAACGGAUCCCUCAACUAGGGAAGCAUUUCUGAUGCUGGCAAGGUUCUUGAAUUGAAUAUUUCAACUGGAUGGAUCUCUCACUCACCGGAAGCUUCAUCAGCUAUUUAAACUUCCAGUUUGAUCUUGUUCUUGACAGAUAGUCUCUUCAUUCCAGCUCAUCAAGUGUUGGAAGGGGAUCUCUCUUCGCCGAUCACAUUUGGAAGGGGAUCAAGUGUUGCUUGUAGCUCAGACUCCGAAAGUGCAGCAAUACAAAUUCCAUUUGCUCUUAAUCAAAUGAAAAUGACUAUUGGAAUCAAGUGAAAAAUUUGUAGAUUGCAUUGUUUUGCUCAAAAGGAAAAAAGCAUGCACCAAAUUGAAUUGGAUGGUAUAUUUUUCUCUCAGUAAUUAACUUGCAAUACGUGAUGAAGAUCUGAGUAGGAUAAGAAGGAUAAAAUUUUAGAUUUUGUUUAUAGUAUUAAAUAUGUCUCAAUGAUGGACAAAUUGUAUUUUUGUUUAUAGUGAACGUGAUUUUUUAUC